AUGGCAAGCUUUAAGAGAAUAUUACCCCAGGAGGGUACCGCUGGUCCAUCCAGUGGGGAAUCCCUCCCAGAGGUCAUACUGACCAAUAAGGUCAGCAUGACCUCUGGCCGGCCGUCGUAUUCUGGGGGGCCAAAAGACUGCCUUGGAUACACCACGACCACGGCGAGAACUACGGUAAACGAGCAUGCAAGCGAUUUGGACAAGACGACAGGAAGGGGACAGGAAGUCCAGGAAGGAGGAAGCGGCGAGGCCGGGAUAGAUCUCGACACGGAGCUGAUGCUAAGCGAGGACUCGGUGUCAGCGUCGAUGUCCGAGGGAAGCCGAAGGGCCAACCCUAUGACUAGGAAGCGGAGAGGCAGACCGCCCACCAGCCGCACAUAUGCGGGACUGGCGAAGGCGAAGCAUCUGCUAGUCGAAGCGGAACAGCGCGAGGAGGAGCAAAGCCGGGCGGAGGCAGAGGUAGUUGCUGCACGAGCCAAAGCCCGAGCCCAUAAGCUCUCCGAGAUGCUGUCUGACGAGGAGGACGAGGGGUUCCAGGCGGCGGGUUCCCUCGGUAAAAUUAUUAAAGAAAACGUCGAGGUCAUCCGGAAAGUGGCCUCCACUUCUAAAAACUUGAAGGGAGGUUAUGUGAAGGCCCUCAGGGAUGCGGCUGAGGUAAUAACAAAGUCGACAAAAGUCCUGCAAAGCCGAUGCGUUACUGAAGAGACGAAGGGUCUGCAGGCGGCUAACGCCCGACUUCAAGCCGAGGUAGCCCAGUUGCGAAAGGAGGUGGCCGACAUGAAGGAGCGCCUCCUCACGCCAAAAGAGAGGACGGAACCACCACAACAUACGGAUAACGAGGAACUCAUCCGCACCAUUUUAUGUCAGGUGGGCAAUAUGGUGAAUGCCAGAUUCGAGGCCCUCGAAGAUCGGCUUCUUCCGGAGAAGCGAAUCCGUCCACCGCUUGCGGCGGAUAGUAGGCCCGAGUCGGUGGUCCACCGCGCUCGGGAAGUCGCAAGACAAGAAAAGAGUGGACCAGCGCCGGGUAAAGCCUCGGGCAAAGCCCAGGCCAAAGCCUCGGGCAAUGCCUCAGGCAAAGCUCCGACUAAAUCCCCCAAGGGCAAGACGACGGAACCUCAAGCCCGGCCACAGCCACCGGCGGCAGAGCAUGCAGCACCACAGCAGCCUGCGGAACUGCCUUGGAAUGAGGUAGUGAAGAAAGGGCUGAAUAGAAAGAGGAAGGAACGGCCUCGAGUCUUCACCAACUCCGAAAGGAGGAGAGGGCCAAGACCGCCAGCGGUUAACGUACCGAAAACCGCCGCAGUGGUCGUAACAAUUACACCGGAGGGAUUCGCAAGCGGCCUCACAUAUGACACGGUCAUUGCGGAGGCCAAAGCGAAAAUAAAGCUACAGGAUGUGGGAAUAACGACAGGGGUACGUUUUCGUGUGUGCGCCACAGGAGCGCGAAGGUUCGAAGUGGUAGGCACAGAGAACGGCCCCCAAGCCGACGCGCUGGCGGCCAGAUUAUCACAAAUCUUUGACGGGGGGCUGGUCCGCGUUUCCAGGCCGGCCAAAACAACAGAGAUCAGAAUAUCUGGCCUUGACGACUCCAUGACCGUGGAGGAGGUGUUGGCUGCGGUAGCCCAAACAGGGGACUGCGCCAAGGAAAACCUCAGGUGUAGUGGAGUGGUUAGGGAUAGAUUUGGUGUCGGGCAUGCCUGGGUCGAGUGCCCAGUCGCAACAGCUAAGCAGGUCGUCGCAGCUGGCCGCCUGACCAUGUCCUGGGUAACGGCAAACGUCAGGCUCCUAGAACCGAAACCGCUGCGCUGUUAUCGGUGCCUCCAAAAGGGGCACGUAAGAGCGCAGUGUAACUCAGACGUGGACAGGAGCAAUCAGUGCUUCAGAUGCGGGGCAGAGGGGCAUAAAUUUAAAGAAUGUACCUCGAAUCCGCACUGCACCGUAUGCGCUGCGGCUAAAAAACCUGCCGAUCACAGGGUAGGAGGGAAGGGAUGCUCUACUCCAGCCCCCAAAAUCACCCGAGGGAUCCCAACACGGCCACCACCACCAGCACACCAGGAGCCAGCAGAAGCUAAUAUAAAUCACUGCUUACGAGCGCAAGACCUGCUCUUGCAGAGUGUGGCGGAGUGGUCGGUGCAGGUAGCAGUGGUCUCCGAACCCUACCUCAUUCCCAACAGGGAUGAGUGGGUGGGGGAUGUGGAAGAGGUUGUGGCACUUUUCGUGCCUCGGUCCUCGAGUUCCCUGUCAAUCGAUGGGGUGCAAAAGGGCCGCGGCUACGUGGGUGCCACAAUAGGAGGUACCUUGGUUGUAGGCGUCUACUGCGCGCCGAGCAAAAGUCUCCCCGAGUUUGAACACCUACUCGACCAGGUUGGAGCCCUUGUACGCAGAGGUCGUCCCAGUUCUGUGCUGGUGAUGGGCGACUUUAAUGCGAGAAGCUCCGUCUGGGGUGACACUGUCACAAGUCCUCGGGGCGCAGUACUAGAGGAGUGGGCCUUAACCUUGGGACUUGGCCUCCUAAACCGGGGCUCAAGACCCACAUGCGUUCGGCCACAGGGUAAAUCAAUCGUCGACUUGUCGUUCGCAAGCCCUGCGACGGCAAGACGGGUGUACGGAUGGGAGGUAGUGGAAGGGGUAGAGUCGCUAUCAGACCACCACUACAUCCGCUUCACUCUAUUGGAGACACCAACGGUCCCAGCUCACCAGGGACCGGAGUCGCCCCAUCGUGACACUCCACGGUGGGUGGUGAGGCGACUCAACCCAGACUUGCUCAGAGAAGCCGCACAGGUGGAAACGUGGUCACCUGGAAUGAGCAUACCGGACGUGGACCAAAGGGCUGCCGCGCUGCGCGCAUCAAUGUCUCGCGUUUGCGACUGUUCGAUGCCGCGGCAAGGCCCUAUUCCCAAGAAACGCCAAGUGUACUGGUGGUCCGCAGAGAUCGCAGAGUUGCGUGUGGUGAGCGUAUCUGCGAGACGCCAGUACCAGAGAUACCGGCGAAGACGUCACAGAGACCCGACCACGGAGGCGAGGUUGCAGAGUACCUACAGAGACGCGAGGCGAAAUCUGUGCCGAGCGAUCUCCGAGGCAAAAGAUAGGGCGCGAGAGGAGAUGAUAGAAUCCCUCAAUCAGGAUCCGUGGGGCCGCCCCUAUCUUUUAGUGCGAGGGAAAUUAAGGCAAAGGACACCGCCUCUGACACGGAGCCUCCAGCCCCACCUGGUGCAGGAAGUAGUGACGACACUAUUUCCGUGCAGAGAGGCGCAUACACCGCCGUUCAGGAUACCGAGGAAUGAAAAUCCUGACACUGUAGAGGAUGUCCCACCUAUUACCUCCGGUGAAUUCGGGGCUGCAAUCCGCCGGCUACGUGCCAAAAGGACGGCCCCGGGCCCAGACGGCAUACCGGGCCGCGCCUGGGCGUUGGCCGCGGACGCGUAUGAGGAUACAAUGGUCGCGCUCAUGAACGAGUGCCUCGCUAGUGGUCGCUUUCCCCUGCUGUGGAAGAUUGGCAUCUUGGUCCUGCUGAAAAAGGAGGGCCGAUCGCCUGAUUCCCCAGCAGGGUACCGCCCGAUUAUUCUUCUCGACGAAGUGGCGAAAAUAUUCGAAAGAAUCAUCGCGAACCGUCUGCAGAAGCAUUUGGUGACGGUCGGCCCAGACCUAAAUGCCAAUCAGUUUGGCUUCAGGAGCGGCCGAUCCACCAUCAAUGCAAUAUUGAGGGUCAAAAGGAUAGCGGAGGAGGCCGUAGCUCGGGGUGAGGUUGUUCUCGCGGUGUCCUUGGACAUCGCGAACGCGUUUAACACCUUGCCCUGGAGCGUUAUCAUGGAGGCGCUCCGUUAUCACCAAGUACCCGAGUACCUUUGCCGGAUAUUGAGGGACUAUCUGUCAGACAGGUCGAUCUCAUACCAGAGCCGGAACGGGUGGCGUUCACACACGGUCACCUGUGGGGUUCCGCAGGGCUCGGUCCUCGGCCCCCUAUUGUGGAACGUGGGAUACGACUGGGUCCUGCGGGGCUCCUUAAUCCGAGGGGUAGAGGUAACCUGUUACGCAGAUGACACGUUGGUGACGGCACGAGCACCCACACACUGGGAGAGUGCGAGGGUCGGCACGGCAGGAGUGGCCCAAGUUGUCAGCCGAAUUCGGGCCCUGGGCCUGGAGGUGGCCCUUCACAAAUCAGAGGCCUUAUACUUUCAUGGUCCUCGAAGGAAACCCCCUCCAGGAUCUCAAAUAACAGUCGGAGGAGUGAACAUUAAAGUGGAGUCCCACAUGAAGUACCUGGGUCUCAUGCUGGACGGACGGUGGUCCUUUGAGGGCCACUUCCGGACACUGGGUCCCAAACUUCUACGCACAGCCGCUGCGCUCGGCAGCCUGCUGCCGAACAUCGGUGGCCCGAGGGCGGCGUGCCGGCGGCUUUUUCUAGGAGUGGUAAGCUCGAUGGCGCUCUACGGUGCUCCAGUAUGGAGCGGCGCCUUGAGUAAGCGCACGGUAGAUAUUCUGCAUAGGCCUCAGAGAUCCUUGGCCAUCAGAGUUAUAAGAGGAUACCGCACCAUCUCAUUUGAGGCGGCUUGCGCCCUGGCAGGUUCUCCGCCAUGGGUACUGCAGGCGGAAGUGCUCGCGGCGGUCCACUCGUGGCGCGAGCGUAGAACCCUUGUCGGCGGUGCUCCACCACCAAGGGUAGAAGUUGACAGAUAUCGCGACGAACGGCAAGAGGAAGCAAUGGCCAGAUGGCAAUGCCGCCUCCGCCAGUCGAAGUAUGGAUCCAGGACGAUCGAGGCAAUCGGCCCAGUCCUGACGUCAUGGGUGAGGAGAGCGCACGGGAUGGUGACCUUCCGUCUGGCGCAGGUGCUGUCGGGGCAUGGAUGUUUCGGUAGUUACCUGUGUCGGAUUGGGAGGGAGCCGUCCGCAGUGUGUCACCACUGUGUCGGUUGCCUUGACGACACGGCACAACACACGCUGGCGGACUGCCAGGCUUGGUCGGCACAAAGGCAGGACCUCAUGGCCGUAGUUGGGGAGGACCUCUCCCUGCCGGCCAUAGUAGAAGCCAUGGUGGGAUCCCACGACGCAUGGCAUGCCGUGCAGGGAUUUUGUGAGGAGGUCAUGCGCCUAAAAGAGGACGCGGAACGAGCUAGGGAGGCGUCCACAAUUUAUAACGGCUCUUUGGUUGAAGAUGUAUCAAAAAGGGAUAGCCCUGACUCUGUUGCGACAUUUGUUGCCAUUGUUACCACCACAACAUUGUGCCAUCAAUACCACAACUACAUUGAAGAUGUUGAAAUGCUAAAUGUGCCGGGUGCGGCGAAACCGCAAACACCUGGUGCAUUCAUUAGUCAUGGUCUGUUCAAAUGCUGCAUUCACGAUACGUGCUUUUUAUACAGUUUAGUGUUGGUUGUAUUCGCUUUGGUUGAUCUCGGCGGGGGCACUACUACGCCACAGACACAGACUGAGUCAGAGUCACCGUCACAAGAACGAGAAGGACGUAGUAGCUCACUCCCUUCGCUCACAUCAAGUUAG